AUGUCCAAUCUCCAGACCAGCAAGGGCAGCAAGGAGCAAGCCGGCCUCCGCUAUCCAUCAAACGGCAAGACUAUCUAUCACCGCCCGUUAAACCGAACCCGGACGUCGGAGCUCAGCCAGGCCAGCUUCGCCUACCUGUUCUCCGAGAUGGUGGGCUAUGCCUCGAAGCGCAUAGAGAGUAUUCAGGAUCUAGAGAAACGCCUUAACACCCAAGGUCACCCCAUCGGCCUCAAACUUCUCGACCUCCUCCUACACCGCGAGCCGACACGGAGCCAACUCCGCCCCCUCAACAUAAUCGCCCUCCUGCACCUAAUCAAACAACAAGUCUGGACCUCAUUAUUCGGCCGCGCUGCCGACGGGCUGGAAAAGAGCUCCGACCCAUCCAAACCCGACGAGUACAUGAUCAUCGACAACGAGCCCCUCGUAAACGCAUACAUCAGUGUGCCCAAGGACAUGUCGCAACUCAGCUGCGCAGCCUACGUGGCGGGCAUCGUGGAGGGGGUUUGCGACGGGAGCGCGUUUCCCGCUAGGGUGACGGCGCAUAGCGUUGGGAAGCAGCAGCAGGGAGGGGAGGAUGGAGGGGCUGGGGGAGCAGACGGGGGAAAGGAGAUGUGGCCUGGACGGACGGUGUUUCUGGUUAAGUUUGCGCCUGAGGUUAUGGAGAGGGAGGGAUUCUUGGGAAAGGGCUAG